UUCAUUAUCCAUUUAUAGAAUUCUUCUUGGGUUAAUCAUUCAUUACAAAUGGUCACUUACAUUAGUAACAUUUAGUGGUAUAAUUAUAAAUUUCAAAAACAUUAGUAACACUAAAAAAAAUUAGAACCAAAAAAAGGAGUACUUAUGUUUGUACACAUAGGACUUUGGUAGAUCCUAUUUUUCUUAGCAUGAGUUUGAAAAAGCCUUUAACUACUGUUACUUACAGCUUAAGCAAAGUGUCAGAAAUCUUAUCUCCUAUUAGGACAAUGAGAUUAACAAGGGACAAAGAACAAGAUAGGAAAACAAUGCAAUGUUUGCUUAGUGAAGGUGAUUUGGUUGUGUGUCCUGAAGGAACAACUUGUAGGGAACCUUAUUUAUUAAGGUUUAGCUCUCUUUUUGCUGAACUUACUGAUGAGAUUGUUCCUGUGGCUUUUCAUGCUAAUAUGAGUAUGUUUUAUGGUACCACAGCUACUGGUCUUAAAUGCUUGCACCCUUUUUUAGUUUGCAUGAAUCCAAAGCCUUGUUAUGAUACUAAAAUUCUUGAAAAAGUUCCUAAUGAAUUUACUUGUGGUGGGGGAAAGUUUCCUUAUGAAGUGGCUAAUUAUGUACAAAGAGAGUUGGGUAAUGCUUUGGGAUUUGAGUCUACUAAUAUUACAAGGAGGGAUAAAUAUAUGAUGUUAGCUGGAAAUGAAGGGGUUGCUCGAAAAAAAAAAAUUAAAAUUUGUGGUGAUUGGAGUUUCACAUUGAAGAUGUAUAAAUUAGUUUUACUAAAAGAAUGGAAGAAAAAAUAGUAUUAAAUAUAGUUAGCCCUAUUUAUUAUAAUAGUUAGAUAUAUUGGUUUAGUUUUUGUAUUUUAUUUUGAUCAAAU